AUGAUCUAUGGGAUUGGAACCGACCUGGUCCAGCUUUCGAGGAUUGCUCGCACAUGGAACCGAUUUGGCGAUCGGUUUGUGCGACGGAUUCUGUCACCUCGGGAGAUCGUCGAAUUCGAGAGAUAUACACAACCCAAAGCCCAAUUUCUUGCCUCGAGAUGGGCGAUAAAGGAAGCGACCUACAAGGCGCUCCGCCAUCCGGGAAUUCCUUUCAACGCAAUCCAAGUGCUCCCGGACCAUCACAACAUCCGAAGUCCUUUACACCUCGAAUUCGAUGGAAAGGCAAAGGAGGUCGCGACGGAGAGCCACAUCACUGCUUCUCACCUCUCUGUGAGUCACGAAAACGACAUGUGCGUAGCUUUUGUAAUAUUAGAAUCGAAUUUCCCUCUUUUGUCCAACAAAGAACCCAAUCUGUUACAAAAUGACACAUUUCUUUUCCUGCUUCGAAUGGAACGAAUACUCCGACGAUCCCUUCAUCGGCUGCUGUAUUCUUGCUAUGCGUGCGGCUAA